UAUAGAUGUAAACAUAUACAUCAUUGUACCAUUGUAUGUGAUGUAAAACAAAAGCAGGCCUAGCAGUUUCUUAUCAUUGGCCGGCAUAUGCAGACGUUCCUUGGGGUAAUUAAUUACUCAAAAGCCAUACUUGUUUGGUUUGAUGUUCGUUAUCUUCAUUCACAAUCUGUGAAGUAAGAACAGAAUCAAGAACUAGCUAGUUAAAGUAAAACCUCCCUACUCUGGUCUCUAUCUCUCUCUUUAUGCCGAUCUCUGCAUAUGUUACUUAUCUACUUGAAUGUCACGGAAGUUUUUCCCUGCAAACUUUUCAUUUCACUACUAGCAGUAAUAGGAAAUCUACAUUGGCCGGCCAUCCACGGUUUUAUGUAUAUAUGCUCUCUUCAUCGGAUUGUUCUUCAUCCCUUUGUCCUUAUUCCAUGAUAUUAAUCUUUUUCCUAAUCAGUUUCUCAAGUAGUAUAAAUAACAUGAGAAUACUAGAUCAUUCCUUUGCUACUACUGUUCAGGAAUACAUCACACUUUGAGAUUAAUUAAGUAGCUAAGAUGAAGAAAUUCAUGAUCUUGGGAAGUGAUAAACCACUAACCUUUCUUGUCCCUGUAAUUAUUAGCAUCUUCAUCACUUCAUUUGCAGUCCCUUCAUUGUGUACUGCUCCCCUGAUUGAAACUUGUUUGGUUGAUUAUGGGGUCAAGAACUUCACCCUCUUCCCAAGUAAUCAUGACCAUGGUGAAGACACGAGGGCUUACUACAGCUUCCUCAAUUUUUCCAUUCAGAAUCUUAGGUUCGCAGAACCCUCGAUGCCUAAACCAAUAGCCAUCAUCAUGCCAGAGAACAAAGAGCAGCUAGUCAUGACUGUGCUGUGCUGUAGGAAAGGAUCUUGGGAGAUUAGAGUCAGGUGCGGGGGACACAGCUACGAGGGGACUUCCUCCAUUGCUACAGAUGGCUCUGCUUUCGUCAUCAUCGACCUGAUGAAUCUGAACCGAGUUUCGGUGGAUUUGGAAUCCCAAGUGGCUUGGGUGGAAGGAGGCGCCACUCUAGGCCAAACUUACUAUGCAAUUUCAGAGGCCAGCAAAGAUCAUGGAUUCUCAGCAGGCUCUUGCCCGACGGUGGGGAUUGGCGGGCACAUUGCAGGAGGGGGUUUCGGUUUGCUGUCCAGGAAAUACGGGCUGGCUGCUGAUAACGUGGAGGAUGCACUCCUGGUGGAUGCUGAUGGGAGGGUUCUGGACCGGGAAGCCAUGGGAGAGGAGGUGUUCUGGGCUAUUCGGGGAGGCGGUGGGGGAAUUUGGGGGAUCAUUUACGCUUGGAAGAUUAAGUUACUCAAGGUCCCUGAAACCGUGACAGGUUUCAUAUUGUCUCAACCUGGCACCAAAAGGUAUGUUGAGAGGCUAGUGCACAAGUGGCAGCAUGUUGCACCAAAGCUGAGUGAUGGUUACUAUCUAUCAGUUUUUGUUGGUUAUGGUUUGCCAGAAACAGCACCAACCAUUGGAUUAUCAGCAACAUUCAAAGGGUUUUUCUUGGGUCCUAAAAGGGAAGCUUUGUCUGAAUUGAACAAGGCCUUUCCGGAGCUACAUUUCCGAGAAGGAGAUUGCAAGGAAAUGAGCUGGAUUGAAUCCGUAGUCUAUUUCUCUGGAUUGAAACCAGCAGGAAGCAGCAGCUCCAUGACCAUCUCUCAGUUAAACAAUCGUUACCUUAUAGACAAGUUAUUUUUCAAGGCUAAAUCAGACUACGUGAGGACCCCGAUUUCGAGUAGGGGAAUCAGGGCUGCAAUAGACAUAUUAGAGAAAGAACCAAAAGGAUACGUGAUCUUAGAUCCUUAUGGGGGAUUCAUGGAAAAAACUGACACUGAAUCCAUCGCUUUCCCUCACCGAAAAGGCAACCUUUUCUCAAUUCAGUACAUGGUGGAGUGGAAUGAAAAGGACGAGCAACAGAACAGGAGCAAUGGUUACAUAAACUGGAUACGAGGAUUCUACAGUUCAAUGAGCACUUUUGUUUCAUCAGCACCCAGAGCUGCUUACAUCAAUUACAUGGAUCUUGACCUUGGUGUGAUGAACACUAGCAAUGAAAUGGAAUUGCUAAUGCUAAAUGGCAACGCCCCAUCUUCAGAUGCCGUGGAAAGGGCCAGAGUUUGGGGUGAGAAGUAUUUCUUGAGUAACUAUGAUAAACUAGUGAGAGCUAAAACUCUUAUUGAUCCGCUCAAUAUUUUUAGGCAUCAACAGGGCAUUCCUCCCUUGUCAACGUCCACUUCCUGAAGUAGCCAGCUAAACUACUGCUAGUUACUGUUCACCAAUCUGCAGAACAAAUGAGACUUUUUUGGUCUGCAUACCAUUUGAUGUCAAUUAGCAGGCAUAUCAUAAGAACACUUUUCAUUGUUUUUCAUGCACGUUCCGUUCUUGUACGCAUAACAUUUCAUUGAAGAUGACCGACAACAUAUAACAUAUGCAACUUAAUUAA